AUUGACCAACAUCAGUAAAAGCCAGAACUGUUUUCAUCAUAACUAUUUACAUCACUAACAACCAGAAACAAAUCUCUAUAUAACUUCCAAAUAUACAAGAUUAUAUAUAAACAAGAACUGCUUGUUUGUCCUAACAUACAAAUGCGAGUUGUUUGCCAGAACCAUCACCUCUAACAUUACAUCUGAAAAGCCUAGGUAGUGAAUUAAUAGCGUUUGCAAAUGAAGUUGAGUUCAGAAAACAUAUACCACACUAAAUAUAAACCAUUCAGGACAUAGAGUUGUCCUAGAUAGUAGAAUAAUAUGUAACUUAUAUAAAACAAGGAAACAAUAACUCUAUGUCCGAAUUCUAUAUAUAUGGUAAUUGAUAACUUAGCUAGGCAAAGAGGGUUUCUCAAUCCUAAAUAUUGUCACAAAAAAGAUGCUAGAAAGGAUUCAAAGUAGAUCAUAUGCACUGAGAAAAGAAGAGAAGAAGAAGAAAAAGAGCAACAGAAAGGAAUUUGGUGACUUCCAUUUGCCUAUUUUGGCAAGCUGUAGGACAUGGUGACACAAUAAAACAGAUACAUAGAUAUCAGAGAAUCAUUGAAGACAUUGCCCUGGCAACCAGAGUCCAACAUACUAUGAACUAGUCACUAGCCAUGUAGAAGUCAAUGAUUCCAACUGAUGCUGGAUGACAACUUUCAAAACUUUUAAACAAGAGAGCGCAUGCUUGUAUAAGAUCAUGAAAAAUGCUAAAGUGAUCCAGUAAACAAGCAAACUUAGAAGAACAAUGCAAAGCAAAAGAACAGUGCCACCCCUCAUUGUUUAAAACUGGAGAAUGGAAGGUAGAUGUUGUACGGUACUGAAAAGACAAACUGCAAUAUAGGAUUAAACCAUAAGAAGAAUGGGAAAUGUAUCUGCUGUUUUCAUGUUCCCCCCGCUCACCUUUUUUUUUUUUUUUACUCGAGAGAAUAUAUUCCCAUUUAGCAUUGUAGAGCAUCUAAAACAUUUAACACUAGAAACCAGAAGAAUCAACCAUAAGGGACACAUGACCAACGUCAUGCGUGCUGUUAAAUAAAGUGCUGGAUACUCUAGAAAUGAGGUGAUGCUAAAUGAAGACGUAUCACUGAUGAUGCUAAAUGAAGUCCACAAUGUGACUGUAGCUUAUUAGCAUCGUGAUGAAUACUGGGUGUCCAAGAUGCAGGAAUUUCUGAAAAGACCUUCAUAUACAGCAAUCUCAAUAAACUUUCUGACAACAAAAAGGAGAUUGUAAAGGAAGCAUACGGAACAGACUCAAAUGAUGUAAUAAGAAUAGACAUGUUCUUGUUUGCUUGGAAAGCAAAUGUCUGCCAAAAAAUGUUCCCCAGGAAACCAAGAAAUGGUAAAAUAAAUUCCUUAGAGAAUAAGUUUUAAGUGACUGC